GUGGAUUCACUGCUGCGAUGUAAAAUAUUGCAAUGAGUACCGGCACUUUCUAUAAAUGCUUGUUUAGAUGCACAGUCUUGCGCAAAAUUGAUACCCGGAAAAGAUACGUUGAAUUUUGAAACUUGGCGCUAUUUGACGUACAGAAAAAUACUUGUAAGUGCGUAUCCUGCUAAGCAGACAACUACAUCUGUAUUACCAGAUAAUACAGAUCUGAAGACUAAGCAUGGAAGCAGCAAGCGCUUUCAAGACCCCUUGUAAGCAAAACGGGAUGAGGAGUCCCGCUGGGACACCAAUAACCAUCCCCGCGUCUCCUUUUAUGCAAAAACUUGGAUGUGGAACUGGAGUGAAUGUUUAUCUAAUGAAAAGAGUUGGCAAACAGACUCAUUCUCCUUGGGCCAUUAAGAAGAUCAACAGCAAGUGUGCAACAACAAGCCUGGGUGUUUACCAGAAACGGCUUUGUGACGAAGCAAAGAUUUUAAAGGGCCUGCACCACCCAAACAUUGUUGGGUUCCGAGCUUUCACCACUGCUAAGGAUGGAUCCAAGUGCCUGGCCAUGGAGUAUGGAGGAGAGCAAUCUCUGAAUGACCUGAUAGAGAAGAGGCGAGAGGAAGGGGGAGCUGCUUUCCCGGCCAAAACCAUUGAGAAUGUGGCCCUGCACGUGGCGCGUGGGCUCCAGUAUCUUCACAAUGAGAAAAAGCUUCUACAUGGGGAUAUCAAAUCAUGCAACGUUGUUGUCAAAGGAGACUUCGAAGCCGUAAAAAUCUGCGACGUGGGCGUCUCCCUGCAUCUGGAUGAGAACAUGAAAGUCAGUGACCCCAGAGCUAACUACAUUGGAACAGAGCCCUGGAAACCCAAAGAGGCCCUGGAGGAUGGGGUAAUCACUGACAAAGCAGACAUCUAUGCUUAUGGGCUGACACUCUGGGAGAUGAUGACCCUGUCUGUUCCUCAUCUGGAGAUGUUGGAUAGUGAGGAUGAUGAAGACGAUUCUUUCGACGAGCUGGACUUUGACGAGGACACGUACUACGAAAGCUUGGGCACGCGGCCGCCCCUGGACACCGAGAUCCUGGGGGCCUCCUACCAGCGAAUGGUGGAGCUCUUCUGCCUCUGCACCAGCGAAGACCCCCACAAGCGCCCCUCUGCCGCGCAAUCUUAG